CGUUGGUGUAGAACUGACAGAUGACUCGGCAGUGUUUUUCAGUAAAGAACGCGAAAAUUUGUUGGUUAUUAAAUAUUACCUUUAAAUAGUGUCUGAAGUAAAUUUGUAUUUCCUAAUUUUUCUACAAAAUGUCGUUAGAUAAAGACAAAGAGAAAGAUAAAAAUACAAAAGGAGAUUUAGGACUUUUAGAAGAAGAUGACGAGUUCGAGGAAUUCCCCGCCGAAGAUUUCAAUAUCGCAGAUGAUGACCAAGACGAGGUGAAUGUGUGGGAAGAUAACUGGGAUGAUGACAAUGUCGAAGAUGAUUUUAAUCAGCAACUGAAAGCACAUUUAGAGAAACAAGCUAUGGAAACAUAAAUACAAAAUGUCUAAUAGAGAUAGUUUUAUAUGCGCCUGGAACAUAAGUUCAACUAUAUUUGAAUAUAUCGCGAUAUCGACACUAAAACACUGAACAAAAAUCUAAACUUUUCAUUUAUUUGUGUGAACAGUAAGAGUAAAAGUGCGUGAAGGAGUGAAUUCAUUUUUAUAUAUUAACAUUCGCUUGAAGUGUACUUAAAAUUAAUAAUUACCGGAAAUACUUUAUUGUCAUAGUGAAAAACUACUUCGAAAGAACGUAAAAGAUAAGAGCUACCUUCAGUUAUGAAAGUUUACCACUACUUGAAAAUUGUAAUCUUUGUGACAGGGACUUGUACCUCACCUAUGCACUGGCAAUGAUUUUUCUACAAUCUUUUUACGUGGGAUUGCCAUUGAAAGUGCUGUUCUCCGAGACACUGCAUACUCUUUCCUAUUAGAAUCGUCAUACCUCCUUGGGACCUCCAUCAUUGAGUAAGGGGCCUUUGUGUGGAGCACACUUUUGCUAUUAAGGAAAAAGUUCACAAUUGUAAUAAAAAAUUUAUUCUACGAGUGUUUUAAAAUAUAUUUAUGCAAAGAAAAACAU